AUGUUGAGAACCCGUCUUCUGUGGUUUACGCUUGGGUUUUCCGUCACCGGAGCUUCGAUCGCUAAUCUCGUGUGGCGGGAUCUCUAUGCCGAACGUUUCGCUAUUUCUUCUGAUAUGAAAGAGAAAUUCAGUGCUCUAGAAGGUCGGGUUUCGGGCCUGGAGUCCGCCGGUUAUGAGAACCCGAGCCCAACUCAGGUUGAGACUUGA